CAACAACUAAUAAUCUGAACAAUAAAGAUUUAUUUAAUAAAAAAUAAAUAAGUAUAGUGUAAUAAAUACAUCAGUUGAUAACAUAGUUGUUUAUUUUCAUUAUCAAGUACUAUGUACUGUACAUAGUCAUAUGUGCUGUACUUUUAUACACCUGGAACAGCAGUAGGUUUGUUUACACCAGCAUUGCCACAAACGUAAAUAAAUUAUGUCACGCCGUCACUAUGUGAUAGGAAUUUUUUAGCUUCCUUAUCAUGUAGAUCACCAUCAAACAAGCGGUCCAUUGAUUAUUUUUAGAGAGAGUGGGAGAGUGGGGGAGAGACACAGAGAAGGAAACAUUGAUGUGAAAGAGACAUAUCGAUUGGUUGCCACCUGGGCCUGGGGAGUGAGCCUGCAACCGAGGUUCGUGACCUGGACGGAAUCGAACCUGGGACCCUUUAGUCCACGGGCCAUGCUCUAACCACUAAUCAAACCAGCGAGGGCUAGCACUGAACUAUUAAGUAUUAAGAGUUUUUAGCUUCCCACAUUUGUCUUUUUCUUUUAAUUUUAAAAUUGAAAUCUUAAACUUGCUUUUGAUCAACAAAUUCUGAAAAUAAGGGGAAAUACAACCGAAAAGGUCAAAACUUAGAAUUCAGUGAUUCAAAAUAGCAUUUCUGCUUCCUGGGGGCUGAACUCUAAGUACAAUGGAACAGAAUUCAGAACCCCAGGGCGGAGCCGGGGGGCCGAGCGGUGAUGUCACAGCCCGCUGCGCGGAAGCUGGAGCUGGACCAUGGCUGGGCCUCGGACCGCACUCCGCACAGGAUGAAGCCAUAGCUCCCUUCUUCUCCAGUGGCAGGCUCGACCUUUCGCGGCCUUUGACUGAGUGCCGGGAAGAUGUUUGACAUCAGGAUCAUGACGGCCGUCGGGGUCGCCUUGCUGAUCGCCAUAGUCCUGCUGAUGUUCUGUGUCACCAGCCUUCUAUUCAAACUGACCAGCAUAUUGAAAGCUCCAAAGCUACCGGUGUGUUUGGUUCUAAAAAGUGUCCCGUCCAUGGUCACCAGGGACAAGAUCGCCGCAGCCUCGUCCAUCACCGCCAGCUGCUACCCUGGCCUCCAGCUCUACGACGAGUGUCAGCUGUGCGCUGACUCCAAGUCCCUGCCGCCCGGCUUCUGCGACGUGAGCGAGGGGCUCUGACCGGCGG